AUUUUGUUUGCUUCAUCCUCAAGUCGCGCCCGAGCCUUUCUUUUUGUCUUUCAAGAAUCGGAGAAUAGCCCCCUUUCAUAAUGCCGCCAUUGAAUAGGGGAACGUCGGCCUACCACUCCAUCCACAGUUUGUAUUGGAGAGAUGAAAGCGGCACCCUGCUGUCUGCGGAAGGUAGCAACUCCCAAGCUUUCUCCAAUCUCUGGCCAAAGCUCUGGGAAGAGAUCUGCUCGAAGCAGAGUACAUGGCGGCAGCUACAGCUUCCUUCGGGCAGGCAGAUCAAUACUCUUCCAAUUCGCGCCGAUAUCCUGGAACUCAACGACAUUCGGUCUAGCUUUCCCCCAGAGCGACAGACCGAAGGUCUGAUAACCCAGGUUGCCGAGGUCAAACACCCUAAUGGACUAGUCUUGGGGAUGUUGACGUCGCGACCAAAGUCACUUGCUGGUGACGAUUUCGGUACAUGGGCAGAGCACUUCAUCCUCUUGGAGACGCAAUUCCAGCCUUUUAAACAACUCUCAAUACACUCGACUCCCGAACAUCGUAGGAUAUCUGAGCAGGUCGCCGAUAUCUUCGAGAAAAGGCUGAAAAAUAUCUCGAAGGAUGACCAAUGGGACUUCGGUGGCCGUGGACACUUCAUGAAUCGCGUUUAUGGCUUCGUCGAAAGACAUAUGCCUAUUCUUCUUUGCUUGCCGGCGUUUCCAUGCAAGUCCCCGAAUCCCAGCAAGGUCGGAGGCACCAUUCCGGAUCUUGCUGAACAUAUCGCUCUUGACGUGCUUCGAACCUUCGUCCAGGAGAUCUGCAAGGUCUAUCAGCCAGGUGCGACACUUUGGAUUAUUAGCGACGGCCAUGUGUUCUCUGAUUGUAUUGGUGUCGAUGAUACGAUGGUCGAUACAUAUGACGCGAAAUUAAUUGAGAUAUAUAAGGAGAAAUAUCCCGUGGAAGAAGGUCCAGUUCCAUUUAUCCAGUUCAAAGGCUUAAAGGAUAUUUUUAUGUCGAACCAGGAUGCGUUCAGCUCAUUCCGAGAGUCAUGGGUCGCCUCCAUGGACAUCCCACAUCCUGUAAAGACCGAACUCACAAAGCCAUCGGAACUGUGCAGAAAGCUCAUGUUGGGGGUCUCGGGAGCAGAUCGUAGAUUCAUCAGAGCCUGCAUUGAAGAGCAAGAGCCACAUGCUCUUCAACUAUAUCGCGGCCAAACGCGCUUCAUGCUAGAAGACCUUGCCAAGGUCCCUUCAGUGGAGAAGUUAAGCACGAAUCAGCGAAAGAAGGUAGCAGCGAAGGUUGCACAGGAGAUGAUUUCGAGGAAUCAGGCAUAUUCUAACCUGGUCGAGUUGUUGCUGCCGAACUAUGUUCGACUAUCUAUUCAUGCGCAUCCUAACAAAGGACCGAAAUUUGCCAUUCGUCUGUUGCCCAAGAAUCUUGUUCGACCGAUCAUCUCCUUAGAGAACCGACACGAGCCAGUUCCAGCAUACAAGUUCCAGAUUCCAACGCCAUGGCAUAAUUCGAUUAUCAAGAUCGAGGGCGAUGAGCUCAUGUACUUGGCAAGGGCAGACGUAGCAAAACUCGCUGUAAAUGGCUCCAAUUUCGAGGGUUCAUGGGUCACCAGUCCGAAUGGCGGCUACUUCGGCUUGAAGAGGAAGGGCACAAAGCAGGCAACUGAGAAAGACACGUCCAUAGCCGUUGUCUCGCCCACCCAGGAUGUCGAAUCUCAAGUGGAGAAAUCAAGCGACGGGAAUACCUGGAAGAUCCUCAUCCCAUUGCGACCACUGUUCAGCUUUACAUUUUUCAUGCGGAGAGUUUGGAGGUACAUUGCCAUGGGCUCGUAA